UUGGAGAAGGACCUUUAUCAGACUAUAUUUUGGGCCAAAAUUCGGAGAGUCAGCCCCUGGCCAGAUUUCCUCCACACUUCCUUAUUUUCAUUCCAAUCCUAACUGUUGAAGUGCUCCAGGCGGGCCCCGUUACGCUCUAGCGAGUAGGCACAGGGCUGGGUUAGGACUGAAAGGAUCCGGAGGGGAAGCAAAAGAAAACAAGGAAAUAUGCGACCAUGAAGCGAAUGCUUAGUCUGAGAGAUCAGAGGCUUAAAGAAAAGGAUAGGUUAAAACCUAAAAAGAAAGAAAAGAAAGAUCCUAGUGCACUCAAGGAGAGAGAAGUUCCCCAAUACUCUUCCUGCUUAUUCUUCCAAUAUAACACACAGCUGGGCCCACCUUACCACAUCCUGGUUGAUACCAACUUUAUCAACUUUUCCAUCAAGGCUAAAUUGGACUUAGUGCAGUCAAUGAUGGACUGUCUCUAUGCCAAGUGUAUACCCUGUAUAACUGACUGUGUGAUGGCUGAAAUUGAGAAAUUGGGGCAGAAGUAUCGAGUGGCUCUAAGGAUCGCCAAGGAUCCAAGAUUUGAACGAUUACCAUGCACGCACAAAGGAACCUAUGCAGACGACUGCUUAGUCCAGAGAGUAACUCAGCACAAGUGUUACAUUGUGGCCACAGUUGACCGGGACCUUAAACGAAGAAUCAGGAAGAUCCCUGGAGUUCCCAUCAUGUACAUUUCUAAUCAUAGGUACAACAUUGAGCGGAUGCCAGAUGAUUAUGGAGCCCCUCGGUUCUAAUGCUGAAAGGAUGGAGUUCCUCUGCCUUCCUUCAACUAACUUUCUCUGUUGCCAGUUUGUUAAACAUGCUACAGAGCGACUUGUUAUUGCUCCACUCACCCACUUGCUCUGUUAUGUGCUAAGUAUGAUUAAAUACACUCACUUUUUCAUGUUGCUUUAAAAAUGAUGUUUUCUAUCAUUUUAAUAUUUGUUACAUCUUUUUAUAAAUCCGAUGAUUGCUCACAGCUUUGAUGGUUGUUAUUUUAUAUUGAUUUACUCAACAAAUAUUUAUUAAGGUUGUACUCGGUACAUAAUAAGAUACGAUCCUGCCCUCAAGAUACUCAUAUUACAGUGGGAAAGAGAACCAUGUGAAUGAAUAAAUGCAAUAAAAUACCAGUGCUAGAGUACAAGUACGAGGGAAUAGACACAUGAGAGGAAGGAAUGAUUUCUUUCUACUCGAUUGGGAUAGGGAGGGAGGAAAGGCUCGAGGUGUGGUGUUUGAAUUAAUCUUUAAAAAUAAAUAGAAAUAAACAGGUGCUUGCCCAGUAAAUGAUGUGAAGAAAAUGAGGCACAGGAGACAUGAACAAAAGCACGGACUCAGAUGUUACAUGGAAUGAGUGUGUUUUGCUGUGCAGCAACUGCCAGAAGAUUUUUAUAACUAGAACACAGUGGGGAGUUGUCUGUGCCCGCAUCUGAGACUCCAGAGGUGUGAGGAGGGGGUACAGGCGACGUACGUGACUUGCUAACGGGUUUGGACUUGAUCUUGAGGUCAACGGGGAGUUACUAAAAUUUUAAUUAGGGCACAUAACAUGAUCAGAAUAGCUGUUUUCAGUGAUCACAAGGUAGUGCAGGAAUAGACACAUCACUGAAACAAUAGAAAGUCCGUAAAUCCCUGUAUAUUUUUGUCAGUUUGGUGUAUUUUAAAGGUUGUAUUUCAAACCCACAGAAAAAGAAGAUUGUAUGAGAAGGCCAAAUAGUGUGGAGUCAUUCUACCAGGGUUAGAAUCCUGAUUUUACCAGUUAAAAUCUAUAGAAAUUGGGCAAACUACAUAACCAUUUGGUGCCUUCCUUGCUAUCUCUUAAAAAUAUUUUGAAAAACAUGGUUUUGUUUAAUCCUCAAAACAAUCCAGAUGAGAUGGGAUUAAAUUGAACAAAAUAAGAGUUGUUCAAUAAAUGUUAGUUAUGUUAUAAAUACAAGUUGACUAUUCAUUUGAAAAAACUUUGGAUUUCUACUCUGUAUCCUUUAUGUGAAUACAUUUCAACUGUUCAAAUAACAACUUUUUUUUUAAGCUAUGGAAGUAUUAGGAAAACACAUGAAAAAUAUGUGUAACCUUUGCAUAGAAUUCUCAAAUAAAAUGAAUGUAAAAACCAUUAAAGAAAA